GCAGGCCAUAGGUUUCUUUGUAAAGCAGAUUACUAUGACUAUCCACUUCCUUCCUCAUCCAUUGGAAUUUUUAAGGUAUCACAUGUGGAUCCUGUUAAAAGCAUGUGUAGGUUGCAGGAUUUUUUUCAAAAAUGUGUUAUUUUACCUGAUGGAGACAGUUUUCUUUGCAUUCCUCUCCUUCACAGUGGUCCUCAGUAAAUUUUUGUAUUCUGUGGUAGAGUUUGUGUCUGACCCUGGAAAUGAUGAAGAGGAAAUCCUUGUGGAAGUUGUACCAACCAAAUGGAUUAGCGAGAAUAGAGAAUUCUGUUAUUAUCCACCACAUUCCAUGAGGGGAAAAUGUAUGAAGUUGGUGAUGAGUCUAGCGGACUAUGACUCGUCCGUCUGGAAACUUCUCCGCAUUACAUAUCAUCACAGUUAUUCUACUUUCAAUGUUGCCUUAAAAGCAAGAAACAAGGCUGUGAAGGAGGACACAGUUGCUGCAACAGAUGUUGAUACAGACUACAAUAAACCACGCAACAGAAAGCCGCCUAAACGCCUACUUUUAUCAGAUUCGGAGUCAGAUGAGGAACCGAGAGGAAAGAAACCUGUGGGAAGUCAUAUCAUUCCGGAACCCAGCUCAACUCUGCCCUUAAAUCUCAAAAGGUUACUCGAUAGUGCUAAAGCCAAAAAUUUAGCUAAGUCCAAGCAAAAAUGUUCUGUCAUUUCGAAGCUUUUGUUUGCCUCAUCAAAGAGAGAUACAACUCCUGUCCACCAAUUAUUACAGGAAGAGUCUGCACAGGCUGAAACUACUAAUGAUGAAAACUUAUCUGAGAUGUUAGAAGAAGAUAAUUGUUCUUUUUCCGAAUUAAAACAGUCAGUUUCUAAGAAUGAUAGGUCUUCUUUGAGAUCCACAAAGUUUUCUAACAAUUUUGAGCCAUCUAAAAUUGCGGAAGCGACUAACAUUUGUGAGCAAUCUCCAGAUUUUCAUGGUGUAAGCACACUAAAGUCUGAUCACAAUAAUUAUUUCAGAAUGAAUAAAAAAAAAGAUUUCUUAGACAGACCUACAUCAUCAAAAAGCUCAUCAGAAGAAUCACAGUCAUCAACAGGAUGCAGAAACUGCGGAUCAACUGGCAGUAAGCCUCCAGAUCAAGUACUCCUAAUAAAUUACAUGCAAGAAUUGUCAGCAAAGAUAGAUUGGCAGAAUAUUGGGAUUUCCCAAAUUUUGAACGAGUUGUUCCCCAAUAAUAAUGGUUUUGAUCGGCCUGAAGGGUUUCCUUCCUUGCCACUGGAAACUGAGGAAUCUCUUGCAAGCUUUAAUGAUCACUUAGAUGAUAAAAUAUUGUAUGGUCAAAUGCUCAAGUACCUGUUUUGGAAGGGGAAGGGAGAGACAACCUCUCUCUUCACUUACUCUAUUUUGUCGACCCUCCUUAGGAAUAAAUUGGCACGACUUAUUAGUUGGAAAGGUUCUGGAGGGAUCAAACUCAGUUUUGAGAAGUCCAAACUCAAAAAUCUAGUAGAAAGUGUUUGCUUGAAGAAGUUUCCUAACGUACACAUUUCUGUAUUUGAAGACCAUAUGAAACGAUGGUUCAAUACUUCCAUGCAACGAUCAGAUUAGAUCAAUUAGGUCUUUUGGGGUUUUUAUAGUUAUUUUUCACUGUAUAUGAAUUCCAUAAAAGCUUGUAUGUUCCAUGAAAACUUGCUGUGAUUCUCAUGAAUUCUAUUUGUCUUUUAUUUUUUCGUUUUAGUUGUUUUGCACAGUUUAUAUAUUUGUCUGCCUUUGAGGCUUUUAUUUUAGUUUCUUCUUUGAUUUAAAAAAAUUCAUGAUGUACUGCCAUAAUUUUGUGAAGUUUACAUAGUUUACAUAAUUUUGUUUAUUGAUGUUUUCAAGAAAACAAUGUCCUUCAAGUUAGGAAAGAUCUAUGUUAUCUCUUGUAUCCCUUGGUAAAGUAACAAGACUUCUCUAUAAUGUUCAAAUGUUUGAAAUGCAAAAUAUCUUUUAAGUUGAACUGUGCUUAUGUUUGAGAUUGAAUCUUCAACUCUUUCUGAAUCUUGUUGACAGAUGGCAUUUUGAGAUACUAUAUUUGGAGGACUUUUCAAUUUUUUUUUGCGUAUUCUGUAUGUCUUUAAGAGGACUGAUAUCCGUCCUCAGAGUUAAUAUAAUGUAAUAUAAAUAUAGCGUUUAUAUAUAUAUGCAGUUUAUAUAACAUAAUAUAGUUUUUAAUUUAGUUAUUAUUGAUAUAGUUUAUAUAAUAUUUCUUCUUGUGGAUAAAAAUAAUGUGUACUACAAAAGCACUAUAAUAAAAAGUAAUUGUAAUUUG